CAGAGCCGAAAGUGGCAUUUAUUCCUCCGGAGUAAAGGGGACCUCGCCGGGAUUUGUAGGGUGCCUCUCGGAUGCAUUCCGAGAUGUUGCCCCUAGAGAAAACGAGUGAUUAUGAAUCCGUGCCUCGACUUCUACUGAAGAUGCCGAGAGUUGUCGUGGAUCAAAAGGCCAAGUUCGAAUCCGAUGAACUUUUCAGGAAGUUGAGCAGGGAAAGUGAGGUACGAUACACUGGACACAGAGACAGACCUUUAGAGGAAAGGCGCAUGAAAUUCAAGGCUGCCUGUAAAGAAGGCUACACAGAAAUAGCAUUUGUCAAUACGGGAACAAAUUUUCAACUGUUGUUUGGCCCAUGUAGCAGCAGCUGCAGAGAUCGCUGCGAAUUUGACACAGACAAAGGCAAGGUAUUUUUAAAAAGUAGCUUUAUCAUGAACGGUGUUUGCGUAAGGUGGUGUGGUUCUUUAGAUCUGGAACGGCUGGAUGGAAUAGGCUGCUUGGAAUUCGACGAGGAAUUCGCACAAAAAGAAGAUGUCCGUCUUCAACAACAAAUUGAAACAUAUAACAAAAGAAUUCGAGAUUUUGAGAGCAAACACAGGGCGUUUCGGCCACCUCGGUUUCAUCGUCCAAGGAACGAGGUUCCAGCAAUAGAAGAAAUGAGCCCAAGGAGUUCUGGAUCGGCUAGCAAUUGACAGUGAGAGAAUUAUCUAAAAGUUAUAUACGUAAAAUAUGCACACAACUAUAUUUAUGUAAAUAAAAAUAAUUAAUUGUUUCAUAUAUCUAAAGGAAUAAAAAUAUUUAU